AAAUCUUUGAUUAAAAAUUAGGUAUAAAAGAAGAGUGCUAAAUCAUAGAACGAUAAUCACGUACUCAAAAUGAUUCAGAAAAUACUGCUUUUGCUUUUUGUGACGAGCUCCGCAUUUGGGAGCUUGAAUGGGCCAUUUAGCCCGAAAAGUAGACUUUUGCCCGCUGCAGGUACAACCGAUGCAGAGCAAUUGUGGCAUACUCAAAUUGUGGAUCACUCCAGACCACUGGACACUAGAACAUUUAGCCAGAGAUACUUCAUGACGAAAGAUCAUUACGUCCAAGGCGGUCCUAUUUUUCUCUUUCUCGACGGAGAAUGGGAUGCAACUGGAAAUUACAUUUCAAACACAUCCUUUGUCGGUCAGAUGGCGGCAAGAUUAAAUGGCGCAUUGUUUGAACUUGAGCACCGCUAUUACGGCCUAAGCCAGCCAAUUGGCGAUUUGGAAACUGAAAGCUUGCUUUAUCUGAGUAUUGACCAGGCACUGGCUGAUGCUGCCGAUUUCGCUUUAAAAAUGAACGAAAUCCACAAUUUCACCGGUCCGUGGAUCGUUUGCGGAACCUCUUAUUCCGGAAUGAUCGCAGGAUUUGCAAGGCAGAAAUACUCGCACGUUUUCCACGCAGCGUAUUCAUCAAGUGGCCAACAGGAGGCUAAAGUUGACUUUUUUGAAUAUCAUGAGAUGACUGGAGUUGGAUUGGCCAAGGUAAAUCCUCUGUGCCCAGGUUAUUUGUCAGCGGCUAUGGAUGAAAUGGUGGCGUUGAUUUCUAGCCAACAACCUGCAAGCCUUCAAUACGUUUCAACUGCUUUCAAUUUGUGUCCGGAAUCGGACCUCACUCUUCUGACAGAUGCAAGAUACCUUUAUGCGCUCGUCGCCAAUCUCUACGGGGCAGUUGUUCAAUUCGCUUUCCCAGGAAUGAUUUCCGCCGAAUGUGAUAAGCUGAUGGAUGGGACCGGAACACCUUUGCUUAAUUUGGCCGAAGUUGUCAAGCAAGCUUAUCCUAAUAUCUGCCUCAACGUCCACUACGACGAUCUUAUGGAAUUUUAUCGAAAUUCUACCGCAGUUGCUCCCGGAAAUAAUUAUCGCCAGUACAUUUAUCAGACUUGCACUGAGCUUGGCUGGUUCUUUACAUUGUCUGGAAAUUCGCCUUUUGGAAAUGUGGUGCCAGUUGAAUAUUUUAUCGACUCUUGCGCCGACGUACUUGGCGAGCAAUUUUCUCAAGCCAUUUUGGAAGCUGGAGUGGCAAGAACAAAUUUAGAAUACGGAGGUAAAAUUCCCGACGUCACCAGGGCCAUUUUCACCCACGGAAGUUUUGAUGGCUGGACGAAGGUGGCUGCUGAAGCAGAUAUUAAUGCCGACGCUCCUGUUAUCGUGAUUCAAGACGUUGGACACGCUGCCGAACAGUUUUUCUUCGAGAACGAUCCUCCUCAACUCAUCGCGGCCAGGGAACGCGUAGAAUUAACGAUUGCGCAAUGGAUUUCACAGUUCAAUCAAUCUUUUUAAAGUGAUAUGAUAUGACUUAAUUGUGCAUCGGAAAUGAUGAGAAGGAAAUUAAUUAUAAUGUAAAACAUAAAAAAACAGUAUUUUAUUGAUUAAACGAUUAAAUAGUGAAAGGAUAAAUGCAACAAAAUUAAACUCUAAUUUUUUUCAGUUUCAAAUAAAGAAUAUUAUUUCGUAAAAUUGCGUAAAAGCUAGAACCAAGCUUUUUUCAUUAAUUUAAAAUUUUGCGUCACUGCAUUCUAGAAGCAAACUUCAAAAUAGUGAUUUUUAUUAGCAUUUUACUAAUUGUUGUUUAUUAGUCUAUUGUACAAUCUAAUUUGUUUUAAAGAAAAUGUAUAUUUAAAGGAAACGACAAGAAUUUUGAUUCUGAGGUCAAAAAGACCGCAGUGAGUCCGAUACGACUUUGGAACGUCUUUUGACAAGAAGAAUGUGCCAGAAUUCACAUGAUCGACAGGUGUGCUUAAAAGGUCGAAAAUGGAUAAUCAAUCACUUGUUAUAUUCUGGGUAUUUUGAUAAGAUUAUGGCCGGUAGUGAUAUUAAAAACUGUACGAUUAAGUGCGGAAGAUAAAUUUUCACUUAUAAAACUUGCGAAAUGUACCAUAGUUCGAAAAUAGUAGGUAAUUUUCAUACAAUAGACUUCUCAAAAACCACUGUAAUUAUAUCAUACUCCCAUCCCACUAUGUACACGGUUAUAUCUCACGAAAAUUAGUUUAAAAAAAAAUCAAAAUUUUUUGAUCGUAGAGCAGGAUAUUGUUUUUUCUG